GCGGUCGGAGUCCUCCUCCACAGCGCUGCUGAGACCUGUUGCCGUUUCAAGCUAAACUUCGCACUCGGGCAGAGGACAAGGUAAUGGACUAUUAAAACCCCCGAGGAACAUCCCUGCAGCACAGCAACUUACAGGCGAGUCUGAAGCACCAGCGACUUCACAUCACCACCACCACCAUCAGCAGAAGCAGCAGCCAUGGGUAAGCAGAACAGCAAGCUCCGUCCCGAGAUGAUGCAGGACCUGGUGGAGAACACGGACUUCACCGAGCAUGAGAUCACCGAGUGGUACAAGGGCUUCCUGCGGGACUGCCCCAGCGGCGCGCUCUCCAUGGAAGAGUUCAAGAAGAUCUACGGCAACUUCUUCCCUUACGGCGAUGCCUCCAAGUUCGCCGAGCACGUCUUCCGCACGUUCGAUGCCAACGGAGACGGCACCAUAGACUUCAGGGAGUUCAUCAUCGCGCUGAGCGUGACGUCGCGCGGCCGGCUGGACCAGAAGCUGAAGUGGGCCUUCAGCAUGUACGACCUGGACGGGAACGGGUACAUCAGCAAGGCCGAGAUGCUGGAGAUUGUAACGGCGAUCUACAAGAUGGUUUCCUCGGUGAUGAAGAUGCCGGAGGAUGAAUCCACACCCGAGAAGCGCACAGACAAGAUCUUCAGGCAGAUGGACAUGAAUCGGGAUGGGAAACUCUCGCUGGAGGAGUUUGUGGAGGGAGCGAAGAACGACCCCUCCAUCGUGAGGCUCCUGCAGUGCGACCCCAGCAGCGCUGGGCAGUAGACAGCAGGACUUUUUUUUUUCCCCACUGCAGUUUCGUUUUCUUUUGACUAAUCUUCAGAUCUCUCUCGGUUGACCCGGUGGUGAUUGUCGACAUCUGACAGCCUCGUGUGGAAGGAUUGGCACUGUUUGCAAAGUGAGGCCCACGCAAUGAGACACACACGUGCACAAAAAAAACAAAAAAAAAACAAGCGACGUCAGGGUGUUCUUGUACAUACUACAGGUACCAAGCCCGGCCUAUAGUAUGUACAACCGUUGACACGCACACGCGCGUGUGCCUCUCUAUGCCCGGUCAAAAGCUCCAUCAGCCGACAACGCACAACAACGAUAUGAUCCACUACACAACGACACGAAGGACUAAAGACCCGCAAAAGACUUUUUUUUUCCGACACCGAAUCCAACCGGGCUCUCUCCGUUUUGCAGGGCUUGUUGUGCAGAUCCCACAGAUGUGCGAGGUAUUGUCAGCCACCUCGACAUAGAGCCGAAACCAAGUUCUCUGUUCUUUUAUUGCAUUUAAUUUGUUUGACAUUUUAUUGUUGUUUUUGUUUUGUUUUUUUCCCUUUUUUUUAAAGUUGCUUCUGAGUACAAGAGAUUGAUGCGCACUCACUUCACUUAUGAUCCCUCCCGCAGAUGGUGGGCAGUGUUUUUCCCCCCUUUUUUUUUUGUGUGUAUUUUUUUUUUUUUUGCAGAGUAUUGAGUAGGUGAAGUCACUGUAGCGCUUCUGCAAUCUAACUCCAUGCUAACACUGGAUGUAAUGAAGUAUGCGAGUCAGCAGUUUUAAAUGUUCAGAGAUCCUCACCGGGAGGUCUCGGAAGAGUAGUGUUACUCCAUAUAAAAAAAAAAAAGGAUUUUAAGGAAAACAAAAAAAUCAUCAAACGUUUAUUGAUAGAUGCAUUUUGGAGGAAUGUUACAUCAAAUCGGUACCGUUUCCUGUCUUGAUUCCUUCAUGGGACCGUUCUUGGAGACCGAUUCCACGGAUUGUUCCUGGGAAAGGACUUGUGGUGCCGAGGUGUGUGCCCACGGGCGACGCACAUGCUUCACACAGAACGCACACACCGACAGGAACCGACAAAUCCGCCGUACUGACGCAUACGUGAACUUGACGAACUCGCAUCCGGACAGACGGAGCUGUGAUCAUCUUCCCUCGCUUGUGGUUCAAGGAGUAUAUGAGCAAAAUGAGGUAGAUGACGUAUCUAGAUGAUAUUCCUAUAUAUUAUUUUACUCUGUGAGAACAUUGUGAUGAUUUGCCACAAUGAAAGAGAUUCACUUUAAGGUUUUUGACAUCUAAGUUAUUUGAAUGUGAUACUUUUUGUUUUUCUUUUACUUGAUUAACAUGAUAAAAAAAAAAAGUGUACAGUAUAUACUCAUAUUUAUGCUAGAUUCGUUUCGGAGGGAGUAAAGAAAGGACCACAGAAAUUGCUAUGCAUAAAUUAUAUCCACUGCUGCGUGCAGUGAAUACAGCCCCUUCUCCUUUCUGACUAUAAGAAGAGACCCUCGCUUCACCAGCGGACCCCAGAGAUCGAUCCUUCAUCCUCCACAGCCAGUAAAUCGCAGCCGUCGUUUUGAGUUUGUACUUUACUGUGCUUCUACUGUGCGUCAGCAGUCUGCCUCUCUAAGUAGCAUAUGCAUUGUCCAAAUGCUAAUCAAAUUCCAGCGGAUCUCAAGUCCCCCCCCCCCCCUUUUCUCCCCGAUGGGGCAGCGUCCGAGGGAUGUCACAUCAUCGCUGUCGCUAUGGACGCGUCACAGGAAGUCAGACAUGCGGAGCACAUUAGACAGUACUGCGUGGCUGUGUUUACAGCACCAGCUCGUAUAUGCUGCCAUAUAUCUGAUGAUAUUAAAUUACUCAAAAAACGAAGAAAAUUACAACAAACUGCUUACUUCUAAUGCAGUCUGGUGCAUCCGAUGUCUGACCUCCAUUUGCUGCGAAGCUUCCGCUUCCGCUCGGGAAGGGCAAAAAAUAGCUCAUGGACGCCGCCCCGUUGUAUCCAGCCAGUUACCCCACUCCUCGCCGCUCCACCCCCUCUGCCGAUCCGGGGAGGGCUGCAGACCACCACAUGCCUCCUCCCAUACAUGUGGAGUCGCCAGCCGCUUCUUUUCACCUGACAGUGAGGAGUUUCACCAGGGGACUUGGCGCGUGGGAGGAUCAUGCUGUCCCCCCCCCCCGAACAGGCGCCCUGACUGAGCAGAGGAGGCGCUAGUGCAGCGACCAGGACACUUACCUACAUCCUGCUUCCCAGCCGCAGACACGGCCAACCAUGUCUGGAGGGACGCCCGACCAAGCCGGCGGUAACACGGGGACUCGAACCAGAGAUCCCUGUGUAGGCAGGCAAUGGAAUAGACUGCUAAAGUUUUUGAGACAAUAUCAUUUGGUAAUGGGUCGACGACGACGUUGCACCCCCCCCUCCCCCCUCACCCGGUGUAGAUGAGCACUGGGGUGCAAGCAUGUUUGCAGAUCGUAUGGUAACCUGGUUGCUAACUGGACGGUGGAGAUUACAGACGGGUUUAAAGUACGUGGCAGAGAUUUAAAGGCACCCUCACGUGACAGUCGUGACAGAGCACAGUCUGACCCGUCUUUAAGAAUUGUCUAAGAUGUAGGAAGUGGGUAGCUGCAGCGAUUAUUUUAUUUUCCCUCAUAUUUGGCUGAAGAUUUUUUUUAUUUUUAUUUUUUUGCAAGACUAUUCAUGUUAUUCUUCAUUCCCGCCCGCUAGCUGCCUAUUCUACACCUCAGUGUUCGCCGUCAUGGCUGAUUGGUCAACACUCUAGAGAAACAUUCACAAAAUGGAUGAAUGUAAUUGGAUAAGUUGUGUGUGUGUGUGUGUGUGUGUGUGUGUGUGUGUGUGUGUGAGACAGUAACAGCUGUCCCAGGGUUUUCUGGGCUUUUCUCCAUCAGAUAGUUAAUCAAGUAAUUCAGUCCCGCAUUUCAUUCGAUAGCAUCUUGUGGUCAAAGUGCCAAAUGUAGAAAAAAUCUAAAAAAAACAAAACAAACCACAGUAUUGUAUCCAUUUAUACUGUUCUGUUAUCUGUUGAACAAAGAAAAAACUGUCACGGUAUCAUUUUGUAGAUUUUGUAUUGUUACUUGCAUUGUGUGUUCAGUGUAGGAUGUCCAUUUUGGUUAUCGAAUAAAGACA